ACAUUAGCAUUGAGCUAGCAGUAUGCAGUUGCGUAUCGGCGCCGACGUUGCUGCCGUUAUCGUACAUUCGUUCUAUGCCAUUUAUCGUCAGGGCUCCCGCUGGACUCUAGUAAAUCUCUUUUGUGUGCUCGAUACAGGUUUGGGAAGCGUAGAUGAAAUCCGACUAGUGAACUACUUAUUCAAAGAACAAGGAUACAAUCCCCUCAUCCGUCCAGUUCACAACCUCUCCGAAAUCGUAACAGUCGACUUCGGACUGGCGCUUAUUCAACUAAUCAACGUGGACGAGAAAAACCAGAUAAUGAAAUCGAACGUUUGGUUAAGAAUGCUAUGGCAGGAUUAUCAACUGACGUGGAAUCCAGCCGAUUUCGGUGGAAUUACAGUUAUUAGGAUCCUGCCCGAUAAGGUGUGGAAGCCGGAUAUAGUAUUGUUUAACAACGCGGAUGGUAAGUACGAGGUCUCCUACAAGCCCAACGUGGUCAUCUACAACUCUGGAAAAGUGCUAUGGAUUCCUCCAGCCAUUUAUAAGUCGUCUUGCACUAUAGACGUCGAAUAUUUCCCCUUCGACGAGCAGAGUUGCGAUAUGAAAUUCGGCAGUUGGACGUUUGCUGCCGAUCAAGUUCGACUCGGCUGGUACGAGGGCAAGGAGAGGGUCGAUCUAAACGACUACGUAAAAUCAGGAACUUGGGACAUUAUAGGUUGUCCAGGCGACCACGAAGCCGUAAGGAACGGCAGCGAAAAGCACCAAAAAUCUCAGAUUAAGUUCACAUUAAAGAUCCGCCGUAAGACCCUCUUCUAUACGGUGAAUCUCAUCAUUCCCUGCGUUCUCAUCUCUUUCCUGUCCGUCUGCGUCUUUUACUUACCGACGGAUGCCGGCGAGAAGAUGACCAUGUGCAUAUCCAUCCUUCUUGCACUUGUCGUGUUCCUUCUGCUCGUCUCUAAAAUCCUACCACCGACCUCCAUAACCAUACCAUUAAUAGCAAAGUAUCUCCUUUUUACUUUCAUAAUGAACAUAUUUACUAUCCUUAUUACCGUUAUCAUAAUCAAUUGGAACUUUCGUACGCCUCGUACACAUCGAAUGCCUCGUUGGGUGCGCCUAGUCUUCCUCAACUACCUACCAAGGCUGCUAGUCAUGAAGAGGCCGAAUCACAAGGAACGUUCGGCGAAGAAGAACUAUAAUAACGAACGUCCGUCCAAUUCGAAGAUGAGCGAUGAUAUUCUUGAACUGUCCGAUGUUCAUCAUCCUAACUGCAGGUUCAGUAGGGCUCAGCCUUCGUCAAACCAGGCCGUUCUUAAUCUAAGCCCCGAGACGCACAAGGCUGUUGAAGCGGUUCGUUUUAUAGCCGCUCAUUUGAAGAAUGAAGACGAUUAUGCAGAGGUAAUUUUCUUUAACACAAAUUCAUAAAAAAAAACAUAUAUAAACAGAGUAUCGCAUUUGUAUUUGUAUAAAUAACAAAUCAUAUUAUAUAAUAUUUUUAUAUGAAAAACGUUUUAAUAUACACAAGAGCCAUGUUUCUGACAGAUUCUAGAAGACUGGCGUUAUAUAGCGAUGGUUAUGGAUCGGUUGAUGCUUUAUAUCUUCCUCGCCGUCACCAUUGGAGGAACAACAGGCAUCUUAAUGCACGCAC